AUGGCUGAAGAGAAUUUUGCGGUUGUCACUGAAUUUAUUCUCUUGGGACUGACAGACCGGGCUGAGCUGAAAGUUGUGCUUUUUGUGUUGUUCCUGGUGGUUUAUGCUGUUACUUUGGUGGGGAACCUGGGCAUGAUCUUCUUAAUCCAAAUCAGUCCCAGGCUCCACACUCCCAUGUACUUUUUCCUCAGCUGCCUUUCAUUUGUGGCUGCCUGCUACUCAUCUGUUAUCGCACCAAAAAUGCUCACCAGCUUCUUGGUUGUGAGGGAAACCAUCUCGUUCUCUGCCUGCCUAAUGCAGCAUUUUUUUGGGGUGUUCAUCACCACAGAAGGCUUCCUGCUGUCGGUGAUGGCAUACGACCGUUACGUGGCCAUUGUCAACCCUUUGCUUUACAAGAUAGCCGUGUCUAAGAGGACAUGUGUAGGGCUGGUCACUGGAUCAUUCAUUGGUGGAAUGAUUAACUCACUGACACACACCAUAAGCUUAGGGAGACUGUCCUUCUGUGGCUCCAAUGUUGUUGGUCACUUCUUCUGUGAUGUUCCCCCACUGCUAAAGCUGUCUUGUUCUGAUACCUCCAUGAGUGAGCUGCUGCUAUUAACCUUCACUGGGGUCAUCGCCAUGGCCACCUUCUUGACUGUGAUCAUUUCCUACAUGUUCAUUGCUGUUGCUAUUCUGAGGAUCCACUGAGCAGCAGGCAGACAGAAAGCUUUCUCCCCCUGUGCCUCUCAUCUGACUGCUGUGACCAUAUUCUAUGGUACCAUAAGCUUUAAUUACAUUCAGCCAAAUUCCCAGCAUUCUGUAGAACAGGAGAAGGUGGUGUCUGUGUUCUGCACACUAGUGAUUCCCACGUUAAACCCCCUGAUUUACAGUCUGAGAAACAAAGAGGUGAAGGAUGCUGUGAGAAGAGCCAUAGAAAUGAAACAUUCCCCCUGUUAA